UUCACGAUCUUUAGUUUCUCACUUUCUCUAGAAAUUUCGAAAACACUCGCUCUGAAACCAAAUCAUGGAUCAUCAGCAAUGGCACUUCAGGCCACCACCCCCGGCCAACAACAUCUGUCCAAUUUGCUAUAUAUCUCACUUCCCAUUUUGCCCUCCGCCUCCCCCUCCUCCGCCGCCCUACGCUAAUCAAAACCCUAGAUUUCCACCCCACCCCGGCUUCGACCCUAGAACUUGGCACGGUGUGAACCCUAAUUUCGAAGGGCCAAAUCCGGUACCGCCGGUUUAUGAUUACUAUGGUGGUACCAACGGUUUUGUUAGUGAAUAUGAUAGGAAUUAUAAUAAUAAAAGAAUGAGAAUUGAUGAGAACAAUUACCAGUCACCUGAUCACGAGCGCCGAUUGAAGCUGAUUCGCGAUCACGGCUGCGCUUCUGGAAACCCUGAGUUUUUUAAUAGGAAUGGGGUUUAUUCUGCUGAAAAUCAUGCAGCUAAUAAUUCUGUUCAUGUGAAUCAUGAUUGGCAAAGUUAUGGUCCUAACAAUCAACCACCGCCAACGGCGUUACCACUACCGCUGUUACCUCCACCGCAUCAUGGAUGGCAGCACCAAAAUUAUUGUAACGGUAAUGAGCAUUUGAAUACACCAGGAGGUUACUUAUCACAUCACACUGGCAAUGGCAUUGGGCAGCCUCCUCUUCCUACUUCUCCACCGCCGCCUUUGCCGGUGGAUCCCCCACUGCCACAUCUGCCCCAGCCACCACCACCACCGAAAACGUCUUUGUUUCCUGUACCUUUGAGUCGUCCUUCCUCAUACCCACCAAUUUCGCAUGCUUCUGCUGAGUUUCUUAGGGAGGAAUCCCGGUCAUUGUCUAUGCCGUACCUGGGAGAAAGCCAAUCGUUUCCCCUGAAGCAAUUAUCUCCGGAGAAGCCAAAAGUUGUGAAUGCUUUGCAGCUGUUUAAGCAACCUCAUCGAGCUACUCGCCCUGAUCAUAUUGUGAUAAUACUUCGUGGGCUUCCAGGUAGUGGAAAGAGCUACUUAGCAAAAAUGUUGCGUGACCUUGAGGUUGAAAAUGGUGGUGAUGCUCCUAGAAUUCAUUCUAUGGAUGACUAUUUCAUGACUGAAGUUGAAAAGAUUGAGGAGGGUGAUGUUUCAAAAUCUUCAAGUUCAAUUAGAAGCAAAAAACCAAUAACAAAGAAGGUGAUGGAGUAUUGCUAUGAACCUGAAAUGGAGGAGGCUUAUCGAUUGAGCAUGUUGAAAGCAUUUAAGAGGACUCUUGAGGAGGGAAAUUUCACUUUUGUAAUUGUGGAUGACCGCAAUCUGCGGGUAGCUGAUUUUGCUCAGUUUUGGGCAUUUGCAAAGAGGUCGGGUUAUGAAGUGUACAUUUUAGAAGCUACAUAUAAGGACCCCGCGGGCUGUGCAGCUAGGAACGUGCAUGGUUUUACCUUUGAUGCGAUUGAAAAGAUGGCUGGACAAUGGGAAGAAGCUCCAUCUUUGUACCUGCAACUGGAUAUAAAGUCUUUAUUCCAUGGUGAUGACCUGAAGAAAAGUGGGAUUAAAGAGGUAGACAUGGACUUGGAAGAUGAAGAUAUUGAUGAAGGUCUGUCUGCACAACAAGAAAUACUCUCUAACAACAUUACAGUUGUUGGGGAUCAACCACCUUCUGCUUUAGAUUCUCCUUCUGAUGGGAAGAGAUGGGAUGCUGAAAGUGAUCAUCCAACACAAGUAGUUAAAGACUUGGGCAGUUGUAAGUGGUCAGAUGAUUUAGAGGAUGAUGAUGCUGAAAGAUCUAAAGUUGUGAAGGGUAAUUUAAAUUCUCUUUCUGGGCUGUUCCAAACUUAUGGUAGGGAAGGGAAAUCUGUUCGUUGGGGUGACCAGGUUGGUGAUACUGGUUUUUCAAUAGGUGCCGCAAAGAAUGCUGACAUGCUGUCGUUAGUAAUUGGACCGGGUGCCGGAUACAACUUGAAGUCUAACCCAUUAACUAAAGAAGAGCGAUCAGGAUCAAUGCAUAGUGUUGGCAAAUCAGAGAAGCAGAGCUCAUUCCAAGAGCAUCUCCGUGCAGAGCGGGAGUCGUUCAAAGCUGUUUUUGAUAGGAGGCGACAGCGGAUUGGUGGACUCGAUUUGGAAGAGGAAGGAUAACGGAAAAAAAGCUAGGGAAGUUUUCUGUUUUCCUAAUAGGCAUUGUUCUGAUAUCUUUGUUAUUCUUUUGGGGGUCAUUUAAUUACCCAUUUUUCCGAGGAAACAUUUGUCAACUAUAGAAAGAUGGCUCAGUGGUAUAUGUUGUUUUCUGGGUUACUUUCUUAGUCCCCCGUCCCCCCUAAAAGUUAGGCCCCUCCCUUGAGUGAACCCAGAACGUGGAAUUUUUCUGAGAGGUGAAGGGCAAUAUGGCAAAAGUUGCCUUUGGUGUUGGAUUCUGUAAUCGUAGUCGAGUGAGAAUGUUGUACUAUUGGUAG